AUGCGUGAUGAUGAAACGUUAUCUGGGUAUCUUACACGGUUGAAUGAACUGAUUAACCAAAUGAAGACGUUUGGUGAGGUAUUGUCUAAUGAAAGGCUUGUGCAAAGGGUUUUAAUAAGUCUUAGCAAACCUUAUGAUCCCAUUUGUCUUGUGAUUGAGAAUACGAAGUGUAUAGACAAGGUUGAUUUGCAGGAGGUUUUGGCAAUUCUUAAGAGCCAGGAACAACGCUUUGAUAUGCACACUAUUGAUGCUAUUGAUAAGGCUUUUGGCUCUUUUUCUGUGAAUCCAAAAGGUCAGCAACAACGGGGUAAUUCUCAGUCAAGUGAAUCUAAGAAAAACUGGAAUGGAAAGGGCAAGAAGUGGGAUUCAAAGCCUCAGUCCCAGCAAAGGUCAUUUGCUAAUCCUGCACAGAAUUCAACUUUUGCAGGAUCCAUGAAACAAGAUGCAGUCAAGCCACAGUGCAAGGUGUGCUCUAAGUUUCACUUUGGAGAAUGUCGGUACAAGGGGCAAUCCAAAUGUCAUAACUGUGAUAAGUUUGGGCAUUGGGCUAGAGAAUGCACAGCAGGCAGGGUUGUUCAGAAGGCAAACUGUGCUAAUCAAGCAAAAGUAACAGGCAAUCUGUUCUAUGCUAACAGUGCAAUUACUGAGGUCAAGGUGAAUGGGAACUGGUACAUUGAUAGUGGUUGUAGCAACCACAUGACUGGAAAUGUUGAGCUUCUUAUUGAUGUAAGGACAAAUGUCACUGGAAAAGGACAAAUGCCCACUGGAAAUCUGGUAGAUGUUGCUGGAAUAGGUUCACUUAUGAUUGAUACAAAUUCUGGCAGAAAAUGCAUCAAGGAAGUCAUGUUUCUACCUGGUUUGAAAGAAAAUCUGUUGAGUGUGGGACAGAUGGAUGAACAUGGAUAUUAUUUGCUAUUUGGUGGAAGAGAGUGUUGUAUCUUUGAUGGUCCUUCACUUGAUUGUCUGAUUAUCAAGGUUAAAAUGAAAAAUAAUAGGUGCUACCCUCUGUCUUUAAUGCAAACUGAUCAAAUUGCAUUGAAGGCUAGUGUGACUGAAUGUACCUGGAUUUGGCACAAGAGACUAGGACACCUAAAUCUUAGAAGCCUCAAGCAGCUUAGAGAAAACGAAAUGGUGCAUGGUCUUCCACACCUUGAAGAUGUUAAUGGUGUGUGUGCAGGCUGUCAAAUGGGAAAACAACACAGAGAUUGGUUUCCAAAAGGACAAGCUUGGAGAGCUAAGAAUCCUCUAGAAUUGGUACACACAGAUUUGUGUGGUCCCAUGCAAAAUGAAUCAAUUGCUGGGAAUAAAUACUUCAUGUUGCUUAUUGAUGAUCACACAAGAAUGUCAUGGGUUUAUUUCCUAAGACAUACAUCUGAGGCACUAAUCUGUUUCAGAAAGUUCAAAGCAAUGGUGGAGUUACAAUGUGGAUUCAAAGUGAAAUGCCUAAGGAGUGACAGAGGGGGAGAAUUUCUCUCAACUAAAUUCAGCAAGUUAUUGGAAUCUGAAGGCAUACAAAGACAGUUAUCCAUUGCUUAUACUCCACAGCAAAAUGGAGUAGUGGAGAGAAAGAAUAGAACAGUUGUAGAGAUGGCUAAGGCAAUGCUUCACGAUAAAAGCAUGCCAUACUUUCUGUGGGCAGAAGCUGUACAUACAGCUGUUUAUAUUCUAAACAGAUCACCUACAAAAGCUCUUCAUAACAUAACUCCUUUUGAAGCCUAUAGUGGGAGAAAACCAGGAAUUGGUCACUUAAAGGUGUUUGGAUCACUCUGUUAUGUGCAUGUACCAACUGAAAGAAGACAAAAGCUUGAUGCAAAGUCUGUCAAAGGUGUGUUUGUGGGGUAUGCAACCUGUGAGAAAGGGUACAGAGUAUUUGAUCCAAGCACUAAGAAGCUGAUUUUGUCAAGGGAUGUGAUUUUUGAUGAAACCAAGUCCUGGAACUGGAAGGAAACUUCAGAAAAUUCUGUUGCUGUGACUUAUAUUCCAAAUCAACCUGUAAAUGGAAUUGAAGUGACUUCACAUGAGUUUAUUGAAGUUGAGAGAAGUCCUUCUAGUCCUUGCAUUUUCUCUCAUGCUGAAGAACAAGAGAAUGUCAUUCAUGAGCAUGCAGAUAUCUCUCAGCCCUAUGAUCAUACUCCAUUGAAGUGGAGAAACAUAAAUGACAUUCUAGCACAAUGCAAUCUCUGCAUUGUGGAACCUGAAAAAUAUGAAGAGGCUGCACAGGAUAAGGCUUGGAUAAAAGCAAUGGAAGAAGAGCUGUCCAUGAUUGAGAAAAAUGAAACUUGGGAGCUUGUAGACAGACCAAGUGAUAAGCAGGUUAUUGGUGUGAAAUGGGUGUUCAAAACCAAGUUGAAUUUAGACGGCUCUGUACAAAAGAACAAGGCAAGGCUGGUUGCUAAAGGGUAUGUGCAGAAACCGGGUGUUGACUAUAAUGAAACAUUUGCUCCAGUUGCUAGAUUGGAUACAAUCAGAACUCUGAUUGCUCUUGCUGCACAAAGAAGCUGGAAGCUAUUUCAAUUAGAUGUUAAGUCUGCUUUCUUAAAUGGAAUAUUGCAGGAAGAAGUGUAUGUUGAUCAACCUGAAGGGUUUGUGAUUAAUGGCAAGGAAGAUAAGGUCUACAAAUUGUACAAGGCUCUUUAUGGCUUGAAACAGACACCUAGGGCCUGGUAUGGAGAGAUUGACAGCUAUUUUGCUAAGUGUGGGUUUGAGAAAAGCUUAAGUGAAGCAACCCUCUACACUAAGACAAGAGGAGAAAAUGAUAUACUAAUAGUCUCCAUCUAUGUGGAUGACAUAGUGUAUACUGGAAACAACCAAGACAUGUUGGAUGAGUUCAAAGAAGAUAUGAAGGAGAAGUAUGAGAUGUCAGACUUGGGUCUUCUUCAUCAUUUUCUGGGAAUGGGGGUGAUUCAAACAGAAUCUAGCAUUUUCAUUCAUCAAAAGAAGUAUGCUUCUUCCCUGUUGGAUAAGUUUGGAUUGAAAGAAUGUAAAUCUGUUUCUAUUCCUCUUGUGGCUACUGAAAAGUUAAGUAAAGAAGAUGGAAGUGGUGUUGCAGAUGAAGAGAAAUACAGAAAGCUUGUAGGUAGUUUAUUGUAUCUCACUGCUACAAGGCCAGAUGUGAUGUAUGCAGCUAGCUUAUUAGCUAGAUAUAUGCAUGGUCCUUCUAACAAGCAUUAUGGGAUAGCUAAAAGAGUGCUCAGAUAUAUCAAAGGAACAUUGGACUACGGUUUGCAUUAUAUGAAAGGCAAGAAGGCUGUUUUAGUUGGUUUUUGUGAUAGUGACUGGGGAGGAUCACUAGAUGACAGCAAGAGUACCUCAGGCUAUGCUUUUUCCUUUGGCAGUGGAGUGUUCUCAUGGGCCUCUGUGAAACAAAAUUGUGUUGCACUUUCCACUGCAGAGGCUGAGUAUAUAAGUGCUGCUGAAGCAACAACUCAAGCUAUAUGGCUCAAGUUUGUUCUUGAAGAUUUUGGAGAGUUACAAGCUGAAGCAACUCCUUUGCAGUGUGACAAUACAUCUGCAAUCUCAAUAACUAAAAAUCCUGUGUUUCACCAAAGGACUAAGCACAUUGAUAGAAGAUAUCACUUCAUAAAGGAUGCCUUGCAGCAGGGAAUUGUUGAUUUGGUAUACUGUCCAACCAAAGAACAAGUUGCAGACAUUUUUACCAAGGCCUUACCAAAAGAGAGAUUCAACUAUCUCAGAGAUAAGCUUGGAGUUGUAUCAGCUCAAAGCUUAAAGGGGAGUAUUAGUGUAUAA